CGUUACGUCUGUUUUGCUACUAUUUUAUUGAAAUAUUGCAAAAUGUGAAGCCUAUGUAAUGUUUGAAGUUAUUUAGUGGAUAUUUGUUGAUCAUGGUAAAGUAUGGCGUGAAAUGAAGUAGUAUGCUGUGAUAAAAAUUUGACUAACGAGUCUUUGUGACAAUUUGACAUUUCAGAAAGUGAAACGAAUUUUUAUCAACACAGCGGGGCUGGAUGAAGGAGAAAACGACACAAACCCGGAGAAUCUACAUAGGCAACCUGCCUCCACCGGAUGUUCAUGUGUACAUACCAAAACACUACAACACCAACCAGGUGGUCUCAUCCAAGUACACUGUGUUCACCUUCAUACCAAAGAAUCUGUUUGAGCAGUUCCGUCGGAUUGCCAACUUUUACUUUCUGUGCAUUGGACUAAUUCAGCUGACGAUUGACACACCCGUGACUCCAGCAACCAGCAUCCUACCACUGUGCUUUGUGAUUUUUACGUCAGCCGUCAAACAGGGUUAUGAAGACUGGCUGCGACACCGAAUGGAUCGAGAGGUUAACUAUAGUCCGGCAAUGGUUAUACGAGAUGGAGCCAUGCACAGGAUACAUUCAAUGGAAAUCAAGGUUGGAGACAUUGUCAAAGUGUUCAAGAACGAAGACUUCCCAUGUGAUCUUGUCAUGCUGUCGUCGAGCGAGAACAACGGGACGUGUACAAUCACCACCGCCAAUCUGGACGGAGAAACCAAUCUGAAGACUGUGUUCUCGACACCGGACACGCAGGCUUUCCGAUACGCGGACGAAUUUGACUCACUCGAAGCUGUCAUCGAGUGCCACCAGCCGAUUGCCGACCUCUACAAGUUUGUGGGAAACAUCACAGUCAUGAAAGACGGCAGCAACGUAUUGCGGCCACUCGGUCCCGAGAAUUUGCUGCUGCGAGGUGCCCGCUUGAAAAACACCAAGUACAUAUACGGCUGUGCAAUUUAUACGGGUCAAGAAACUAAGAUGGCUAUUAAUUCAAAAUUUACAAAAAUUAAAUUUUCUAGAGUAGAAAGGGCAAUGAACUCCUUCCUUGUGGUGUUUCUAAUCUUGAUGUUCCUGCUUUCGUCCAUUGCUACGUUUUUCAAGUACCGGUCCAGAGAUAGUAUGUACAAAAAGAGGUUCAUCCACCAUGAAGACUACAGCGGGAUUGGUGAUGUGACGAAUAUUUUUGAAGAGUUCCUCAUGUUUAUGGUGUUGCUGAACUAUAUCAUUCCUAUUUCACUGUAUGUUACUGUGGAAAUCCAAAAAUUUGUCGGCUCUCUGUUUUUUAAAUGGGACAGCCAGUUGUGUGACAAGUCACUUCAUCUACAGGCGAAAGCAAACACUUCGGAUUUGAACGAGGAAUUAGGGCAGGUGGAAUACUUGUUCUCCGAUAAGACAGGUACCCUGACUAUGAAUAUGAUGGAAUUCCGCCAGUGUUCCAUCAACGGGAUCAAGUAUGAGGAAGUCGACCAACAUCUCUGCUUAUGUGACGGACCCACAGGGGAUUCGGAACGAGUGAAACGUUUCACGCCACUGAUGGAGGAUUUUUUCACCGUGCUCACCCUGUGUCACACUGUGCGGCUAGACUACGGAGUAACCGACGAUUUGCCAUCCAAGAAAGGGAAGAAAAUGAGGAAAUCCACUACCAGCUUACCGAAAGUAUCGAGCUCCAGGGGGCGACUGAAUGACACGUUUGAGUACCAGGCAUCGUCUCCCGAUGAGAAGGCCUUAAUUGAAGCAUGCAAGAGGUAUGGUUUCGUGUACCUGGGGACCAACAAUGAGUACAUGGAGGUGAAGUUUCCAAACGAGACCGAGAAGCGGCGCUUCCGACUCCUACACCUGCUGGAGUUCGACCCCACGCGCAAGAGAAUGAGCCUCAUCGUUCAGAACAGCAAAGAUGAGAUUUACCUCUUGUGUAAAGGUGCCGAGGCAGCGGUCUUGGACAGAGUGACCAGUGGUCUCAAGGACAUCACUCUGAAACAUGUUGAUGAAUAUGCAGUGCUUGGCCUUAGAACACUUGUGAUAGCUCACCGGAAGUUAUCAGUUGAAGAAUAUGAAGAAAUAGACAAAAAAAUCAUGGAGGCUAAAACAAGUCUUGACUACCGGAAGGAGAAGAUGGAAGCGGUCUUUGACUUUGUUGAAAAGGAUUUCUUUCUGCUGGGUGCAACAGCUGUUGAAGAUAAGCUGCAGGAAUAUGUGCCACAGACAUUCAGAUCCUUGCGACGAGCAGGCAUUAAGGUGUGGGUGUUGACAGGAGACAAGGCUGAGACAGCAGUGAACAUCAGCCACUCUGCGGGUCACUUCCAGGCUCACAUGUUGGAACUGUGGCUAAUAAACACCACAACAAGCACAACAUGUGCCGAGAUGUUAACACAGCAUUAUCGUAGAAUUGAGAGUAAUAAGAAAGAGGAGUAUGUGUUUGUGAUCGAUGGCCACAGUCUGGUGUUUGCGAUGCAGGACCACAAGAACCUGUUCCUGUCUCUCUGUCUCUGCUGUGACUCGGUCCUGUGCUGCAGAAUGUCUCCCGUACAGAAGGCCGAGGUGGUUCAUAUGGUUAAAAACUCAAAGGAAAAACCGGUGACUGCUGCAAUAGGGGACGGGGCAAAUGAUGUCAGCAUGAUACAGGAGGCCCAUGUUGGGCUAGGAAUCAUGGGAAAGGAAGGACGACAGGCAUCGACGUGCAGCGACUACAGUUUCGCCAAGUUUCACUUCAUCUUGAGGGUGCUUCUGGUACACGGGCAUUUCUACUACAUCCGCAUUGCCAACUUGGUGCAGUACUUCUUCUACAAAAACAUCGUGUUCAUGUUCCCGCAGUUCUACUUCAUUUUCUAUUCCAGCUACUCAAGUCAGGCUCUAUAUGACGGUUUGUUCUUGGUCUUUUUCAACCUUACAUUUUCAUCACUUCCCAUCCUCAUCUAUGGAAUCUUUGAGCAACACAUCAGCCAAACUGUGCUUCUGCAAUACCCAGAAUUGUACAGAAAAAUCAGUAGAAACAAGUUGUUGGACUGGAAACAUUUCUUACUGUGGACUUCAACAGGUGUUUGGCACAGUCUUGUAGCCUACUUAGGAGUGUUCCACUUUAUUGGCAAUACGGUCUUUCUACAUCCAGAUGGAAAGAUGGUUGGUAUGUGGACCCUGGGGUCCAUGGUGUUCACUAUUGUGGUUGUGGUUGUGAAUUUAAAGCUAGCUCUACGAACAUACCACUGGUGUGGACUGACUCUCCUCUCAUACAUCUGCACAUUUGCAGCAUUCAUAGUCACCACAUUCAUAUUCAGCGACAUAAAAUGGCCGAAGAUACUGAUGGAGUCCCAGGCUCUGUACGGAGUGAUCACGAACCUCUGCAUCAGCGCCAACAUCUGGCUGGCGAUCGUCAUCCUGUCCAUCAUCUGUCUCCUCCCCGACUUUGUCUUCAGGGCCUUCAGCGACAUAUACUUCGUCAAACAGGAGACGAAAAGGAGGAUUCAGGCCGACGACGCAGCUUGUUUGUCAAAGUUGGGCCCGACAGACAAUAGUUAUUUGUACUACGAUAUGUCACAGACGGAACUUUCAAAAAACGCUUACACCAACAGGUAUCCCGAGACGGCCGAGACACGGCUCAACACGGCUGCCAAAGAAGAGCCGAUCUUCGAGCUGGACAUCACCGAUCCAGUGCCAUUAGAAAUGACCAAUCCAGUGGAAGAAUCCUCUGAAGAAACCACGAGACAAUCUUAAAAAAUGGUUACAGUCCAAUAUGGUCAUAUCAGUUUGUAGUAUGUUCAUCUUCCAUUACAAUUGGAUAUCAAUGAUUGAAAUGGAAGAAUUCUCUGAAGAAACCACGAGACGAUCUUAAAAAGUGGUUACAGUCCAAUACGGUCAUAUCAAUUUGUAGUAUGUUCAUCUUCCUUUACAACUGGAUAUCAUGGACUGAAAUGGAAGAAUUCUCUGAAGAAACCAUGAGACGAUCUUAAAAAGUGGUUACAGUCCAAUAUGGUCAUAUCAGUUUGUAGUAUGUUCAUCUUCCGUUACAAUUGGAUAUCAAUGAUUGAAAUGGAAGAAUUCUCUGAAGAAACCACGAGACGAUCUUAAAAAGUGGUUACAGUCCAAUAUGGUCAUAUCAGUUUGUAGUAUGUUCAUCUUCCAUUACAACUGGAUAUCGCUGAUUGAAAUGGAAGGAAGAAUUCUCUUAAGAACCCACGAGACGGUCUUAAAAAGUGGUUACAGUCCAAUAUGUUCAUAUCAGUUUGUAGUAUGUACAUAUUACUGUCAUUAGAAAUCAGUAGAUAUCACUGAUUGAACGGAAGACUUCUCUGAGACUAUCUUAAAAAGUUGUUACUUGCAAGAACCGUCCAAUUAAAUAUGGUCAUAUCAGUUUGCAAUAUGUUCAUAUUGCAACAGUUAAUCCACUGUCAUUAGAAAUGGAUGACAUUAAUCGAAUGGAAGACUUCUCUGAAGAAACUACAAGACAAUCUUAACAAAUGGUUCAUUGCAAGAACAGAACAAUAUAGUCAUAUCAGUUUGUAGUAUGUUCAUAUUGCAACAGUUAAUCCACUGUCAUUAGAAAUGGAUGAUCGAAUGGAAGACUUCGCUGAAGAAACUACAAGAUUAUCUUAAAAAGUAGUUCAUUGCAAGAACAGAACAAUAUAGUCAUAUCAGUUUGUAAUAUGUUCAUAUUGCAACAGUUAUCCACUGUCUUUAGAAAUGGAUGAUCGAAUGGAAGACUUCGCUGAAGAAACUACAAGAUUAUCUUAAAAAGUGGUUCAUGGCAAGAACAGAACAAUAUAGUCAUAUCAGUUUGUAGUAUGUUCAUACUGCAUUAGUUAACUGCAAGAAACUUGACUGACUGAUAGUUUAUAGCUUUUAUUUAUUCUAAUUAUACUUAACAACUGGCUCCUCAAGCCAUGACAAUGGACUUAGUCUUUUUGAACAAACACAUUUAUAAGGUUACUUUAAAAAAUGUUUUAAAAAUCCUAUGCAUAUAGUGUAAAAUAUGUUACCAAACUACAAUUAUUUUUCUAUGUGUGUACUGGCAGUUCAAGUUGUUAAUUAGGUUGUUAUUUUCAUGUUAUAUUUUCUGAACAUUGUCAUACCUUCAUUACACAUUUGUUUAAGAAUGUGAAUACAUUAUGUUUUCUUCUAUUUCAUUAUGGAAACUGAACAGUUGUCACAUAAUGUUGUUAUAAUACAUUUUAUAAUAAUGGCAAACAUGCUUGGUUCUUCAUUUAGAUCGUUUAUAUCAGUAGAUGCAUCUUAUAUGAUACAUAUCAUUCUUCCAAUAAAUACAAUGAAUACACAUUUAAACAACACCUCAGCACAAUAGGUUCGGCUAAAAGACACAAGUGUUUGGAUAUUAUUAUUUAAAAAACAAAAAAAGAUUUGCUAACCCACCAGUAUUUUGUAUAAAUUAGCAAUAAUUUUUUUAUCCUUCAACUUACCCAUGAUAUGGAUGUCAUAAACCCAUGUGAUAAUUUAAUGUAUUCACCCGGUUAAAAAUGGUAUGCACAUUUAAAGGUAUAUGCAAAUUUGCAAGGUCUCUAGUUAAUAAUGUGUUGCUGUGAAUGGGUCAUUUCUUUACAAGCCAACAAGACCUGUAUACCCAAGUGUAACAUUUUCAUAAGAUGCAGUUAAGAUGUAGUUAAAAUGAGUGAUGUCAAACUAAAUUGUGCCAAGUGGUUUACACAAAAUUUAAUUAAAAUGUUAUUUUUAAAGUGUUAUUAAAGAA